AUGCGGACAUUAAAACAGAAUAUGACUUCGGUAGAUCCAAUUGCGGGUGCACAGCCGUCGUCAUCGGAAUUUACUGAAGAAGAGAAUUGCUCAAUACAUUCAAACGAAGUUGCAAAAUUGGGCUCGGAAUUGACUAAUGAACGAAAAGAUGACGGCAGACAAUCGUACGAAGUGGCUUUCAGCGACGAUUUCGCGGACCCAGAAGAUAUAGCAAGUCAUAUGAGCAUGGGCCACCGGUACUACAUUUCUUCUUUGAUCACGUUCACGUCCAUGGUAAUCACGAUGAUCUCUUCUAGUUGGACGCUCCCCUCAACGCACAUCAUUGAGCACUUUCAUAUUUCGCACGAAGUCAGCACUGUGGGGAUUACGCUGUAUGUUUUUGGUCUUGGUAUAGGUCCCUUGUUUUUGUCCCCACUCAGUGAACUAUAUGGACGAAGAAUAACAUUUUUAUACGCCCUUAUGCUCAGUAUCAUAUGGCAGUGUCUGACUAUUUGGUCCGGGACCAUUGCGGGUGUCAUGUUUGGUAGGUUUCUGUCCGGCUUCUUUGGAUCAGCCUUUCUUAGCGUGGCUGGCGGUGCCAUUGCCGAUAUUUUCGAUAAAGACCAAAUUGGAAUCCCCAUGGCAAUAUAUACUACAUCUGCCUUUUUAGGACCCUCAUUAGGCCCGAUCAUUGGUGGAGCUCUGUACCAUGAAAGUUAUAAAUGGACUUUUAUCACGCUUCUAAUCACUUCGGGAUGUUGCCUCGUUUUGAUUAUCUUCACCAUCCCAGAAACGUAUAAACCAGUGCUUCUGAUACGCAAAGCUAAGAGAUUAAGAAAGGAGGAAAGCAAUGGGCGGCGUUACUAUGCCGCUUUGGAAGUUACACGUGAACAGACGUCUUUGCUUUCCGCAGUCUUUCUCUCAACCAGAAGACCCUUUGGGUUGUUACUUCGGGAUCGAAUGAUGGGUGUGCUUUGCUUUUACACUGGACUAGAGCUAGCCAUCAUCUAUCUAUACUUUGUAGCAUUCCCAUAUGUGUUCAAGAAACUUUAUAACUUCGGGCCCAUGGAGAUAGCAUGCUCAUACAUCGGCAUCAUGGUGGGCAUGCUCCUUUCUGCCCCUACAUGUUUACUAUUCCAAAAAACGUUUCAAUGGAGAGUCAAGAGAAAUAAUGGUGUCAAGACGCCCGAGAUGAGAUUCGAGCCCUUGUUCUACGGCGCAUUCUUGACCCCGAUCGGGUUGUUUAUCUUUGCAUUUACUUGCUACAAGCAUGUUCAUUGGAUUGCUCCCGUUAUAGGCAGUGCUAUUUUCGGUUCGGGCGUCUAUUUCGUCUUCACUGGUGUUUUCGCGUACACAGUUGACGCCUACAGAAAAUAUGCGGCCUCUGGCAUGGCUUGCAACACGUUUGUGAGGUGUAUAAUGGCCGGUGUAUUCCCUCUAUUCGGAUUACAAAUGUAUGAGGCAAUGGGCGUGAAUUGGGCUGGUUUCCUCCUGGCAAUGGUGACUGUAGCAAUGAUCCCGGUUCCGUUUCUGUUCACCAAAUACGGCGCCCGGUUGAGAGCUAAAUCGCCGUAUGCAUGGGAUGAUUGA